AUGACGAGGAUACUACGAGCCACAAUAGUGGCAUACGCCUUCUCUGCUUUGACGUCACUGGUGCUUGCACAAGAUGACUCGUCAGCAGCAACAGCUGUCGCAACAGGAGCUGCACCUGCCGGCCCGAUCGAAACGCUCGACUGCUACAACACGUUGGGUUCGAAUUCUGACGAAGAAGACAACAAUACUUUUCAGAGCUCGGGUCACUGUCAAAGUGUUUGCACAGCUAAAGGUGCGAAGGUUAUGAUCACUUCUGGUGGCAUGUCGUGUUAUUGCGGCGAUAGCAUACCACCAGCUAGCGACAAAGUCGAUUCUGAUCAGUGCAAUAUUGGCUGUGGAGGUUACAAGCUCCAGACCUGCGGUGGCUUGGGCACCUACCAAUACUACUUGACAGGUCUUGGAGCACCAACAAUCGAGAAGGACAAUUCAACGACGAGUGCAAAACCCUCCGCUACCACCUCGGCCGUCGACACCGCGCGUCCCGCAGUCGUCACCGCAACUGCUAGCGCGAGCCCAAGCUCAAGUGGUGGUGGCGGUUCCUCAAAAGUUGGCAUCGCAGUCGGUGUAGUUGUUGGUGUCAUUGCUGUUGCGGCUAUCGCUGGCGUCGCUGUUUUCUUCUACAGACGGAGAAGGAAUCAGAAGCUCGAGGAAGAGCAUGCUCGCAACGCUGCCAUUAACGGCUUCACCAAGGGUCCCAAGUCCGAGGCAAGCUCAGCCAACGACUCGCGGCUUGACCCUUCGAUCUAUUCGGCGCGUCGAGACAGUCUAGGCAGCAUUGCUGAUGAGAGGGAUUUCUCAAGGAGAAUAUUACAGGUACGGAACCCAGACCGAGAAAGCAGAGCGUCACACGUGUAA